AUGAACGUGAGCAACUGCCCACCGGACCUCGCGACGUACAACGCGGCGCUGCAGCGCAUCUACGAGGUGCCGUCGAAGCAACCGAACCCUGUGGAGAAUGAGAGCAAGUUCUGCGCGAUGAUGGACCUGCUGGAGGAGAUGAACCACCGCAACAAGAUUAAGCCGAACGAGGAGUCGUGGGCGUGGGUGAUGAGGGAGUGCGUGAAGAGUGGGCAGUUCCGCCUCGGUUACUGCGUUCAGAAGGUGAUGGAGGCGGAGUUCAAGUCGUGCCCCGCCGACCUCGUGAAGCAGAACGAGGCCAACGCCCAAAAGGCGAAGGAGGAGGGCAAGGAGCACCCGGGUCACCUGUCGAAGCAGGUCGGCCUCUUCGACAUCAAGAUUGAGUAG